AUGUGGUACGGCAGAUCGCAGGAAGGAGUCCCGCAAUUACAAAGCGACUUGCGUUGGAUGCUGUAUGGGUUGUACCAGGAGAUAUUCGCAAAAGUAUUUGAAGUAAAAAUUGUGCUUGAAAAUGGAUAUUCAUGUAAUGCACCUGCAUGUUUACUUACUGCAUUCUCGGAUAUCUUUCGCAAACUUAUUUCAGCACAAGCAACACAAGAAACACUUUCAUCGGAAAAUGAAUUGGAGAAUGUUCUAAUAGCAGCUAAUGAUCUUCAAGUGACUUCAUUGGUAUCAUUAAUUUGUGAAGAAAUGACUGAACGCAUAUUAGAAAAUACAUCACCACCAAUUUCAUUACUUUACUCAGCUAUUGCUUGUUUACCUCCACAAUCACAAUAUCGUAAUAUGGUUGUUGAUGGUGCAGCAAUAAAAUUUCAUGAUAUUCUGGCAAGCCCAAAAUUUUCAGAAUUAUCAUUCGAAUUGCUUUACGCACUUCUUUCUUCACCACUAUUACAAGGACCUGAAUGGGAAAUUAUUCAUGUGGCUGAUAAUCGUCAAAAAAUAAUGAAGAAAUCAUUGGAGGUGCCAGAUUUGGGACCAAUUGUGCAAGUCUUUUUAAUGGAUGCAGUUUAUGCCAAAUUUAUGGAUGAUUUGGCGUCACCACAAAAUCGCAAUCAACCAUUAUCAUCGCCCAUCUAUACGGUGUCUGGUGCAGAAAAUGCAGUUACACCAACUCCAUUAGGAGGAACAUUAGGAUUAGCACCAUCACCUCUUGGAUCAUAUAUCAUUCCACCUUUUGAUUCGGUAUCAUCUGCUGCAACAACCAAAAGUAUUAGUAAUGAAAUAUCCGUAUCAGUUAACAAAAAUUGGCGUCCAGCUCAACAGCUUCCAAUAGGAUCUGGUGAAAUGAUUCCACUCCAAAGUAGCACCGCUCCCUCAAUAUUACCACCAAAAAGCUCUCGUGAUUCGAUUUGUACGGUAAUUACAGCACAUAAUGAUCGCGAUGGUACUGCUGGUGCUAUCGGUGGUGGUGCUAUUGGCGGUGGUGCUAUUGGCGGUGGUGCUACUGGUGGCGGUAGGGGUGAACAGGAAGGAUCAGGCGCUAUCAAAAGCUCUCCAACACUAGAAUCAGCUGAAAUUCGAACAAGUAGCAGUCAAGAAUCGGAAUCAAGUUCGAAACGACGACCUAAAAUUGAGCAAAUCCCAUUACGAACUGAACCACCAGAAAGUCGCAAAGAAUUACGUAAACGACAGGCACGUGAAAAAAAUGACACGAAGUGA